AUGUCGGAUCCAGGAACAACCGCUGUGGAUUUUGAGAUGUCUAUGAGGACCGCGUACCUCGAGAAGGAGUAUGAGAAGACCAUUUCGGAUUCAGCACGUCUUUUGGAUGGCGAGAGAGAUCGUGUUCGACGCAUGGAGCACCUGUUUUUGAAAUUCGAAAACGAGGCCCUCCGUUUGCAACUCGAAGAGUCGAAUGGGCAUCUUUUGGGCUUUUCCACGGCCGAUUCCGAGGCAUGCGCCCAGCUCCAAGACGCCUGUAAGGAGAUAGAUCGUUUGGAGUCCCAAGCGCAAACAUCCUCAAACGAGAUCAGUAGACUCAAGAAUGAACUCGCAGCCCAAAAGAACAACUCCGCUAGUUACAAUACUGUACUAGCAGAAAAGGUUCAACUAUCUAGAGAUUUUGCUGCUCUGCAAUCGGAUUUGGAGCGACUCAAAACUCAAGACGGGUCAUAUCAGGCAGUUGUUGCCAAAAAUCAUGAAUUGGAACGACUGACAACCUCUCUGGAAGCACAGCUUGAUGAUGAAAAGCAUGCCCAUCAACGUACCCAAACCAAGGUAUCUCAACAAACAACCGAAGUCAGCAACCUCUCUGCUCGAAUCGAUGAACUACGAAAGGAGUUCGCAGGAGAGCUGCGAGCGAAGCAGCAGCAGGAGCGAGAAUAUCACCAACAGAGCUCAGGAUGGGACAGUCAACGAGCAGUCCUGGAAGGAAAGGUUGACUCACUCAACAAGCAGCUGCGAGCAAGCAAAACCAAGCUUCAAGAAGUCCAGGCCGAACUCCAGCAGCGGGGUAGUGCAAAGACACACACAACAAAUAUAUCUGAACCGCCUCGAACCGUCCCUCUUCAGCGACCAGGCUCCAGCGCUCGACCUAGCUCUCACUCUGGUGUGGAAAUUGCAACCCCCGGUGCUGUGCGCGUGCAGAGUAAGGUCAAGAAAGAUACCGCUUUGCCGGGUGACAAGUCUUCCUUUUCAAUCACACCAUUCCUGAACCGCACAGGGGGUGGCCUCGCGGACUCUCCCAUGAGCUCCGUGGCAGGCGAUGACGAUAUUGGUCAUGAUGGCGCGGCCGAUGCUCCGACCCCACUUGAGACCCUGAAAGGCAAUAGGAAUGGCGAGCCAAAGCGCAUGGGCUCUGCUUUGCGCCGCCAACUCUCUCCAGGACAAGACCGGAACCCUAUCGCGAAGACCGUGAAACCCAAAGCACGCGAGCCCGCUGCACCUGCUCCACCUCCUGCACGAGCAGCACCUGCCAAGGAAAGGAUCUCUGUCAACCGUAUGGUGUCGGCUAUUGAGGAAGAUGAGAUGUAUGAUAAUUUCGCCGAAGAGCAGACCAAACCGAAGAAACGCAAGCUUGGCGGUCAGCGAGACCGGAGUUUGUUUGAGGAUGAUGAAGAGGAUCUCAACCUCUUCAAGACUGCUGCGCGAAAGGGUUCUGCCCUGUCGAAGGGUCCUAUCGCCGCGUCUAAAUUUGGGGCGCCUAUGGGAUUCUCUCCUUUGAAACGAGAUCGCAAACGCCUCUGA